AUGGCAUCCAUUUCGUCUGCUGCGGAAGCAGCUGCACGAGUUGCCUACCUUGUCAGCGACACUAUCCUCUCCGUUCAACCAUCUUUGCAGACAGAUUCUCUGUUCUCAAAGCCCCUCAAGGCUCUGAAGGCGAGCAAUACUCGUAGCAUCCUCCCUAGAUCUACAGCCGAGGUGGUAGCUGUUCGCUCUAAUGAAGACCCUCUUCUUUCUGCCUUCCAUCCAUUGCAGGCAGGCGACGCAGUUUCCGUCGUCACCGGCUCCUCUGUCCUGCUCUCAUCCGUUCCUCACCUCUACCGCUUAGCGAACUCUCCAAUUGUCAUCCAUGUCGCCCUGGAGCCCUCCCCAUUUCCAGAUUACUCCGUCAUCAGCUCGAUACGCCAGUGUGGCUUCACCUUCUUGCAUUCCGAGACAAUUCAGGAGGCACAGGAUAUUGCCAUCACCGCCCAUGCUCUAGCACACAGAUCCGGAAAGGGUGUCAUUCAUUUCUUUGACCCUGCCAACUCCGCAAACGAGAAUGCCAUUGAGGCGGAAAAUGUGGACGUUAUUAGAUCUCUGCUCAACCUGGGCAGAAGCAGUGCCUCCCAGUCUGGAGCUCAGACACUAUAUGCCGACUCCGGCCGCGUAGCCACCGUGUCUGAGGAAGUUGCGGAGAGCUCUGCUGUCCAAGGUGGCAUUGCUUCCACCCUCGCGCCACCAACCCAGACUCCUUCAAGCGUCAGUGUUGAUAACUCAUCCGUCGGAUCGUCGCGGAGAGAUAGCAGCACGGACAGCCAUGCCACCAGCUCUGCCGCCACAACCGUUGAUGCUGCCGCUUCGGUCCGUCCAGUCAGCGCUGCCGACAUCUUCGAGUGGACAGGCCAGAUCUGGAGAGUUCUGUCCCAGAGCACCGGACGCACCUACCGCGCAAUUGAAUACACUGGUCCCUCGGAUGCCAAGUCGGCCAUCUUCAUCUUUGGCUCCACCGGAGUAUUCGUUGAUGUCCUCGCAAAGGCGGAAGCCAACAGUGAGCUCGAGAACAUCGGACUCAUGACUGCUCGCCUUUACCGUCCCUGGAUCGGAGGCCAGAUUGUGAAUUCUAUUCCGAGCUCCGUCGAGAAGAUUGCCGUUCUCGAGCAGGUUCGCAAGACUACCAAGUGGGGUCCGUCAUUCAUGGAUAUCUUGUCCAGCUUGACCCCCUCUGCUGGCAGACCAACCCCUCAAAUUGUUGGGUACAGACUUGGAUAUGUCGAGCCUUCUACUGCAGUUCAGGCACUGCGCGGUAUUGUCCAUAACUUGAACUCUUCCUCCCCUAUUCAGAAUCUCGAGAUCGGCAGCGCCAAGGUCCCCGCCGCUGAGUCUUCUCUGGAACAGCCUCACGUUGAGAACGCCUACCUGAAGAUCCUGAACCAACUAUUUGCUGAGCGUCUUUACAUUGCCAAUCAGUUGGGCUCUCAGAAUGCGGGCGUUUCUUCCACUAUCGCAGCGAGCCCCGAAUAUGGAUUCGGUUCGCUGAUCGCCAGGAAGGAGCGCCGUCAGCGCUUUGUCCGCGAGGUCGAAGAAGCUUCAAAGUCCACUGACUUCACCUCCGAUUCCUCCAAAUCAUCGUUGUCUAAUUGGGCGCUGAAUGUCAAGGACGCUUCAAAGGCGAACAAGCUGGCUUCGGAAGUGAUUGACACACUCUCUAAGGACGAGUCUCAGCUAGCCAAAAAGCUCCUCGAGUCGAGGAAGCUCUUCUUUGAAGAGUCCCAAUGGCUCAUCGGUUCCGACGCGUGGGCUUACGAUCUCGGCAACUCUGGUGUUCACCAUGCCCUCGCUUCCGGAGAGAAUGUCAACAUGCUUAUUAUUGACUCCCAACCUUACUCGGAGCGUGCAGCUGCCGACCCGACUCGCAGAAAGAAGGAUAUCGGAUUGUACGCGAUGAACUUUGGCAACGCUUACGUCGCCUCCGUUGCCGUUUAUGGCUCCUACACCCAGGUUCUCCAGGCAAUGGCCGAGGCCGAGCAAUUCAAGGGCCCUUCCGUCGUUGUCGCCUAUCUGCCCUACAACCAGGAAAAUGACUCCGCUCUCACUGUUCUUCAAGAAACCAAGAAGGCCAUUGACCUUGGAUACUGGCCUUUGUACCGCUGGAACCCCGACAACGAGGCGAAAGGCGAACCAAAGUUCGCUCUCGACUCCGACCGCCUCAGGCGGGAGCUCGAGGAGUUCCUUCGCAGAGACAACCAGCUCACCCAGCUCAUGAACCGGAAACCCAAGUUCUCUGCUGUUCUCUCUGAAUCAUACGGCACUGAAGUCCGCGCCCUGCAGAAGCGUAAGGCCAAGGAUUCCUAUGAGCAGCUGCUUGAGGGUCUUUUCGGAGCGCCUUUGACAAUCCUCUUUGCUUCAGAUGGCGGUAACGCUCAAACCCUCGCCAAGCGCCUUGGAAACCGGGGUCGCGCUAGAGGAUUGAAGACCAUGGUCAUGGCCAUGGAUGAUUACCCGGCUGAGGAUCUUGCGACAGAGGAGAAUGUGGUUUUCAUUACCAGUACUGCUGGCCAGGGUGAAUUCCCUCAGAACGGUCGCAGCCUCUGGGAAGUCAUCAAGAACUCUGGUGAUUUGGAUCUUUCCUCUAUCAACUACUCUGUCUUUGGUCUUGGUGACAGCCACUACUGGCCUCGCAAGGAGGAUAAGAUCUACUACAACAAGCCUGCCAAGGAUCUCGACGCUCGUAUCGCUUUCCUUGGAGGCCGCAAGCUCACGGAUAUUGGUCUCGGUGAUGACCAGGACCCAGACGCUUACCAAACCGGCUACUCUGAGUGGGAGCCUCGUCUUUGGCAAGCUCUCGGUGUCGACAAGGUCGAAGGUCUUCCAGAGGAACCCGCGCCCCUGACCAACGAAGACAUCAAGAUCCAGUCUAACUACCUGCGCGGUACCAUUGCUGAGGGCUUGUUGGAUGAAACCACUGGUGCUAUUUCCGCCAGUGACCAACAGUUGACCAAGUUCCACGGCACCUACAUGCAGGAUGAUCGUGAUGUCCGUGAUGAGCGUAAGGCUCAGGGUCUCGAGCCAGCCUACAGUUUCAUGAUCCGUUGCCGGCUUCCUGGCGGUGUUGCUACUCCUUUGCAAUGGAUUCAGAUGGACGACAUCAGCAGCGCAUACGGCAACGAGACUAUGAAGCUUACCACUAGACAAACCUUCCAGUUCCACGGUGUCAUCAAGCGCAACCUCCGCUCUGCCAUGCGUGCCAUCAACAAGGCGCUCAUGACAACUAUUGCCGCUUGCGGUGAUGUCAACCGUAACGUCAUGUGCAGUUCUCUGCCCGAGCUUUCCUACUUCCACCGCGAAACUCACGCGGUCGCUAAGAAGAUUAGCGACCACCUACUUCCUUCCACCACCGCCUAUCACGAGAUUUGGCUGAAGGAUGAUGACGACAACAAGAUCCAAGUGGCAGGAGAUGCCGUUCAGGACCACGAGCCCCUGUACGGUCCCACAUACCUUCCUCGAAAGUUCAAGAUCACCAUCGCCAUCCCUCCUCACAACGAUACUGAUGUCUAUGCGCACGAUAUUGGUCUGAUCGCCAUCAAGGGUGCUGACGGACACCUUGAGGGCUUCAAUAUCCUCGCCGGUGGUGGUAUGGGUGCAACUCACAACAACAAGAAGACUUACCCUCAGACCGGUCGUAUGUUUGGUUACGUGCCAGCUGAUCAGGCUCACAUUGUCUGUGAGAAGAUCAUGCUCGUCCAGCGGGACUUUGGUGACCGCAAGAACCGUAAGCACGCUCGUCUCAAGUACACCAUUGACGACAUGGGAGUUGAGACCUUCAAGGGCAAGGUGGAGGCUCUCCUUCCCGAUGGGUUGCGUUUUGCCGAGCCCCGCCCGUUCAAGUUUACUUCCAAUGUCGACACCUUUGGCUGGCAGAAGGAUGAGACUGGCUUGAACCACUUCACCUUUUUCAUUGAGAACGGUCGUAUCGAGGACACAGCUGAGUUCACCAUGCGUUCGGGCUUGCGUGAAUUGGCCAAGCUCGACAAGGGCGAGUUCCGCCUGACUGGUAACCAGCAUCUGAUCCUCUCCAACAUCAAAGACGAGGACUUGCCUGCUGUCAAGGAGAUAAUGGCCAAGCACAAGCUCGACAACACUUCCUUCAGCGGUUUGCGUCUGUCUUCUUCUGCUUGUGUUGCGUUCCCCACAUGUGGUCUGGCCAUGGCCGAGUCUGAGCGCUACCUUCCUGUGCUGAUCUCUAAGCUGGAAUCGACCCUUGAAGAAGUUGGUUUGGCCCGUGACAGCAUUGUUAUGCGUAUGACCGGUUGCCCGAACGGUUGCGCCAGGCCCUGGCUCGCCGAGGUUGCCUUCGUUGGCAAGGCCUACGGUGCUUACAACAUGUACCUCGGCGGUGGUUACCACGGACAGCGCCUUAACAAGUUGUACCGCCAGUCUAUCAAGGAGGAUGAGAUUCUCGACAUCAUGAAGGGUCUGCUCAAGCGGUACGCACUUGAGCGCAACACCGAUGGUGAGACUCCGGAGCGCUUCGGAGACUGGUGUAUCCGGGCUGGCAUCAUUAACAAGACCACGGAUGGCACCAACUUUCACGAAGGGGUUGCUGAAGAGGAUGAAGAGUGA